GUUUGAUUCUUAAGCUACAUGUUGUUUGUUAAAAUACAAGCUCCCAUUUUACUUUGACCUAUUGUCUUUUUCAUUGACUUAAGCUUGUUUUCUUUCCGAAUGCUAUAUGAAUUCUUAGGUCAUUGCUUUCCAGAUGCUUUUCUGUUUCUUGCCUAUUGUCAGCAUGGCAGUUUGUAGAUUUUAGCAGAUUCCUCUGAAAAAUAUAACAAUAUUCAUUUUAUUAAAGUUGAUGUAACUAUUAUUUGAAAUCUUAAUUUGGUUUUGAUAUUUUGAUAAUUUGGGCAUAGCCUUGAAGAGUGCUGGCUCUAUUGUUACUAGAGGUCUCUAUAUGCAUUAUGUAUGUAUCCUACUAAAAACUGGUUUAAGCUAUAGUUGCAAUAAUAAAAUGCUAGCUACUAAUCCUGAUCGUUAAAAGUCUAGCAUCUUCUUUAGCAAACACAUGAUAGCCAUUUGAUAAUUAAGAUUGGUUGUGCUAUCUGAACAAUACCUUUUCUGCCUAUAGUUAUCAGUUUGUAAAUGGGAAAGGAUAGAGAAAGCUCAAUAUGUUACUACGGUCAAGAAGCAGGGUUCAUCAGGUUCUGGCUAAUUAAGAUGGAGAAUGGCCUUUCCUGCCACAUUUGAGCUUGUGAAGGCAGUAGUGAACUGAGCCAGUGCAGGACCUUAUGUAUCCUAUAGGUACUGUCAACACUUAGAGAAGGGAAGGGUGGACUGCUGAAUGAGUUGGCCCAUACAGAAAGUAUUUGGGUUAAUGGAGUAGGAAUUGGAAGCAAGAAGGAAAAGCCUGCAGGGAUGAGCAUUAUCUUUGGAGAGCUGUAAGAAAACCUUUUGGGAAUCGGACGAAUUCUCCCUUAAAAAUAGAGAAAGGAGACACAACCAUGUCUUGUAAUAACGUAUCUAGUAGUAUUAUUCAAAUUUGAGUUGUGGGAUUACAUGCAUUUGUGAUUUUUUUUCAAUAAUUUAAUAGUCUAAUACUUUGAUAAAUUAAAAGUAUUUUUCAUUAAUUCUUUAAUGCUUUUUGUUUCCUUCAGAUAGAUUCUGUUGCUGUUAACAUUUCAAACUUGGUUCUUGAGAAUCAGCCACCUCGGAUAUCAAAAGCACAAAAGAGACGGGUGCCUGGAUAGAAGGAGCGCUCUGUGUUGUCCUUGGUCCCACUCUGCUUCUAAACCAGCUGUAUGGCCUUUGGAAAUCUUUCUGCGUGCUGUUUCCUCAGAGGAAAAUGAGGGGUUUUGGAUUAGAUGAUAUCCAAGGACAAAAAAGCUGCAUUGGAAAAGGAGCGGGAAGAAAGGAUAGCUGAAGCUGAAAUUGAGAACUUAUCUGGAGCCAGACACUUAGAAAGUGAAAAACUUGCUCAAAUAUUGGCAGCAAGACAGUUGGAAAUUAAACAGAUUCCAUCUGAUGGCCACUGUAUGUAUAGAGCCAUUGAAGAUCAACUCAAAGAACAGAAAUGCCCUUUGACUGUGGCUGCCUUGAGAAGUCAAACUGCUGAAUAUAUAAAAGGCCAUGUGGAAGACUUUCUGCCAUUUUUAACAAACCCUAAUACGGGAGAUAUGUAUACUCUAGAAGAGUUUAGGAAGUACUGUGAUGAUAUCGUCAACACAGCUGCAUGGGGAGGUCAGCUUGAGCUAAGAGCCUUGUCUCAUAUUUUACAAACACCAAUAGAGAUAAUACAGGCAGAUUCUCCUCCUAUUGUAGUUGGUGAAGAAUAUCAAAAAAACCCAUUAAUACUUGUAUAUAUGAGACAUGCAUACGGCUUAGGAGAACAUUACAAUUCUGUUACACAGUUGGUGAACACAGCUCCUGAAAAUUGCAGCUAGUUUACAAAAUGUUACACAAUUAUGUUUUAGUACAGUGUGCCGAUCUGAGUCUUCUUACAAGUGCUGGAUUGUUCUGACAUUACUGAAAAACACAACUACCUUAAAUCAGUUUUAUGGCAAAGCUACUAACAGAUUUUUUUUUAAAGUAUGCCAGAGAUAAACUUUAACCAGUGUUCCCUCUGUGGUAUUUAAAAACACUUGUGAAUCGUUGUGGAAUACAUCAUUUACAGACCAAGAUAGUACCUAUUUGCUGAUAUUUUUACUAAUAUAGGGUCUUGAACAUUCUGUUAUGCGUUGAAAUAAAUUUGAUUUUUCUCCUUAUUACUAAAAGCUUUCAGUAACCAUUUUAAUGUAACUUUCUUGAAGAAAUGAAAUGACUUGGUCAUUGCAAAAAUGUGGUAAAGGUGACAGCAAAUCUAAUUAAUGCUUAUAAAUGCAUCUGAUUUCAGUAACCCUAGUAUUUGAUGGAAUUAAUACUAUGAAGCUUUUUAUAUAACCCCAUCAAAGUGCAGCUAAAAAGCUUGCUUUAAUAACUAAAAAUUUUAAAAUAUUUAUUCACAUGGGAAUCAGUUAAGUGUAAGAAAUGAGAAAUUUAAAGGUAAAUAGGUGUUCCUAUCAGAUCAGACCUCUAAAGAAGUACCAUCAUGUUUUCUUACAGUUUUUUAGUGUCUUUUAUUUUUUUAUUCUAUUUUUUUUAUUUUUUAAGUAAUGUCUCCACCCAACAUGGGGACUUGAACACAUGACCCCACAAUAAAUAAAGAGUUGCCUGCUCUAUCAAGUGAACCAGCCAGAAGCUCUAGUACCAUCAUUUCUUGAUCAUAUUCAAAACUGCAAAUUUUUAUAUUCUUCGUUAUGUUUUCCUCGUCACCACUUAGCUGCUUUGCUUUCCUUGUGGUCUUUUCCACUCAGAAAUAGUUUGUGGCCUCUCAUUUUUUUUUUUUUUUUUUUUAACUUGUACACACUGAAGGAGUAGCAAUGUAAAAGGGUCCAAGGCCAACUUUACUUCAAAUUCUCCUCACUUUCAAUUUGUCUUACCAGACCUCUGUUUUUGUUUCAUUCUCCAGGAUUAGAAGAAAGUUAGUUAGCCUACAUUUAUUUCAGAUACGUGAGAAUGUUUAUGUUACAUGUAGGGAUCAAGUUGAAAGCCACUGUUUGGGAGCUAAGACUGAAUAGUAAAAUCAGUAUACAAUACUUUCUGAUAUGAAUGAUUUAUCUGGCUCAGAUUUCAGAUUAUUCUUAACACUAUUCUAAGAAGAUAGUAUCUGUAUGUAGAAACAUGUCUCGCUGAUAAUUUGUUAUGUAACUAAGUAUUAAUGAAAAUGAAACUUUUGGUUUCAUCUGUUUUUCCCAAAUUAGGAGUAAAUACUAAGAUUCAGCAUCAAAUUUAUAAUUCAAUUUUUGCUCCAUGAGCGCAACUAAUUUUUGUAAGUAAAUAUUGGGUUUUAUGAUAUUAAAACCAGUUGUUAGUCUCACAUGCCCACCUGAUGACAGUGUGGGAAGCUGGUAGGGACUGUGGUCAGCUAUAGCAAGUACUACACGAAGGUGUUCUAGCUCAAAUGAUGAAAAACUGUUCUGUUUGCCUAACAAAGUAUAUUCUGAAGGCUGACUGUUUUGUAAUCCUUGAUCUGAAAUUUUUGGGGUCUGAAAUUAUAAAAGAAUUAAAUUAUAAAAUGGUAAAUGGCUGACCUUUUUUUAUGAAAUGAUCUGUUACUUUAAAAUCAAAAGAUAAGCAUUAAGAAGUAAUAAAAAAGUAUCAUAAACCUAGUUAGUACAGAUGCCAUCUAUAUUUAAAAUAACUUCUUGGUAAUUAUUUUUUCUUAAUAAGAUGAAUGGAACCUUCUUGAUUAUAGGUUUAUUUUUAUUAUUUUUUAUUUUUAAAUGGGCAGAUAUUGUUAUGAGUAAGAUUUGUGUGGUCAGCUUCUGUUCUUCCAUAAAACUUCAAAUAAAAAUCAUUUUAGCUGUAACCAAAAACUGAAGUCUUUAAACAAUGGCAGAUGUUAAUUUAAAAACAGUAUAUACUAAUUUAGUUUGCUGUAUGAUUAUGGUCUAAUGGAAGUUUCAUAAGCUCUCUUUUCUCUUAAUUCAGAAAAGUAUAUGUCAGAGUUUUGGAAUAUGUCUUUAGCCAAGAAUUUUAUCCACUUACAUAUGUUUACAAACUUAUAUAAAGCAAAAAAGAAUGUAUGUAACUAUAGUGAGCAAUAUAGUUUUGCUCAUAUUAUCUGAUGUUUGCCAAAAAGAAGAAUAAAAGAUGUAUGAAUUAA